AUGCCAGCCUCAGAUGCUGGCAUGCGGCGGAUGGUGACGGACAACUCUGUGAUGUCCUUCACACCAGGAGAAAUUGCAGAUGCAAGGUGCGAUGCUUUGCUGGCAAUGAUUGAGGAGGAGCGAGGCGCCCGGAAGCAGGAAGUUCAGGAGAUCCACAAGAUGUUGCUCGAAGUUUUCGCCAAGCUGCAAAACGGCAGCGCGAGUGACAAUCGGAAGAGCAUCUUUGUCCACGACAAGGAGCAGGUAUGCAAGGAAGCGGAAUCGUCUAUGUGCGAACAUGGAGAUCUGGACAAUCGUUUCGCAGAGCUGGAGUCCCUCUGCAAGUCCUUGAAGUCCGAGCUCGAGCAUUUCGUGAAAUGUGAGGCUGAGGAGCGCUUCCAUCAGCUCGACCGCAUGUUGGCAGAGUGGCGGCAGGACCAGCAGACGUCCAAAAUGGAAGGUCGGAUGUCUGCCGAAAAACUGGAAGAUCAGAUGCGCCACUUGUCUCCUGGACGAGUCUCCUCGCCACAGGUUGCCAGCAGGGGCGUGAGGGUGGUCAAGCACCCAGCUUCACCAGGUGCUGUCAGCGCUGGCAGCCAAGUAGACGGUCGUUGUGACAGCGUCCUUCCUCGAAGGUUUCUUCUCAAUCGCACCACCCCGGCCCUUCCAGUUGGAGUUGGUAUAACACCGACGAAGCUGCAGGGCCAGGUGGUUUCAGGGGCUCCGGCUUUUCCUUUGGCACGGCCUAUGUCACCCAUUGCGGCCGCGCCUGCCGGGGCGCCUGGCUACAUAGGCCAGGCUCCAGCCGGUGCGGCUGUCAGGCGCUAG